AAUAAAACAACAACAUGUCUGGACGAGGGAAGGGUGUCGGCAAGACCAGAGCGAAGGCGAAGACCAGGUCCUCCCGGGCCGGGCUCCAGUUCCCGGUGGGUCGUGUCCACCGACAUCUGAGGAAGGGGAACUUCGCUCAGCGCGUUGGUGCCGGAGCUCCCGUGUACCUGGCGGCCGUGCUGGAGUAUCUGACCGCUGAGAUCCUGGAGCUGGCUGGAAACGCUGCCCGCGACAACAAGAAGACGCGGAUCAUCCCCCGUCAUCUGCAGCUGGCCGUCCGCAACGACGAGGAGCUCAACAAGCUGCUGGGCGGAGUGACCAUCGCUCAGGGCGGCGUGCUGCCCAACAUCCAGGCCGUCCUGCUGCCCAAGAAGACCGAGAAGCCCGCCAAGAAGUAAACACCCGGAAACCGAAUCAACAAACCCAAACAAACGGUUCUUUUAAGAGCCAAACACAC